AUGAUAGUGAUAAUAGUGAUACUAUCAAUUUCUCAAUAUACCAAAGGUAAUAAAGAUCUUGCGCUGGCACCUGUGUCUGAGAAAGGGCUUCUACCAAAUCCUGUAUCUUGUGUGCAAAAGACAAUGACAAUUCCUAAUUGUGUAGAUGCUGUGAAACAUUUCAAGCUCAGCGAUAUCACAAGAGAUUGCUGCACCGUUACAUUUGGUGUUACACACGAUUGUUUCGGGAAGUUGUUUCCUAUGGGUUUCGUCUAUCGUGUUAUGAUUAAGGUUUCAUGCAAAUUGUUAGGCAUAGGCAGUGAAUGA